AUGCCAACAUCAGACGAUCAAGUUCGCGAAGCUUCCGAUGCUUCACGGAGUAGGUUCUCUAGGGAUUUAGUUGUGGUGGCUGCGUACCAACCUAACCCUCCGGGGACUGGCGAGUCUACCGUGUGGGCACAACACCGGAGUUUCUUUCGCUCCCAAGGUCGGCAGCGUGAACCAAGGGAGGCCUUUAUGGUGGACCUUCUUCGAGCUAUUACCCAAUGGCGCGAUGAAGGCUGUGAAGUAAUUUUGGGGGUCGACGCCAAUGAGGACAUCAGCUCAACCAAGUCCUCUUCCUUUCGCCAACGUCUUCGCGAUGUUGGUAUGGAAGAAGCUAUCCUCCAACGACACCCUGGUUGA